CUCCGAGGAGGGCGGGGAAACGGCUGAGGAUCCGCCCUGCUUCAUCGAUUCUGGGGAGGACGUGGAGGAAGAAGAGGAUAUCGAUGUCUCAGACUCGUCGGAAUCCAGUGAGGAGACCUUAUCCGCCGCGGAGUUUCCGUGUUCGGACGCCGAAGGAACUUCGAAGGUGUUUUCCUGUUUAUUUACGAUCUCAUUUUGCUGGAGCACUCAUAAGUGUGUAUCGCUAG